GAUCAAGCUCGAAUCCUUGAGCAAACGCUGCAGUUGCUCUUCGGAGCCGAGGUGCUGCUCUUCGUUGAGUACGUCGAAAUGUUCGUGCCGGUCUUAUAUUCCGCCUUGAUCGGCGGACUCUGGAAUCUACCCAACGCCAAGUACAACGUGAUUCUGAUGAACAUGUCGUACGAUGCCAUGGUUCGUGAAGUGGUGACGUCGCUCGGGUACGGUUUGCUGGAAGUCGUGUCCUUUGUGCUCGUGUACUUUUUCCUGAUGAAGCGGUACGGCAUCUCGGCGCUGUACCAGCUCGCGUUUUUGCUCGAGUCCUACACUAUGACACUGCAGGGCAAGCUCGUCGCUACCUUUGUUAUUAUUAUGAACUCGACCACCAUCCACCAGGGAAUAGACCCUACUUUUAAGUUCGACUGGGACGCA